CCCGGACAGACAGAACUGAAGGAGACAGGCGGCGAAGCGAGCGCAUCAGUAAGCACUUUCGUGGAGAGAUAAAACUACCCCGGUGUUAUGGCUGCGGCCGCUCCUCCGUCUCUCGCCCACCCCGCACCUCCGCGCUCCACGAAAGAAUUCCAACGCGCACCGCGCCAUGCGCCGCGGGACGUCGUCUCCUGGACGUCUACCAUCUCGCGCGCGGCGCGACAGGGUGACCUGCAUGCGGCGGCAGCAUCUCUCUGCGCUAUGGUCUCCUCCCCCGCCGCGCCCGCCCCCAACGACGUCACGCUACUUACCGUUCUCUCCGCCUGCGCCGACUCCCCAUCCUCGCCGCUAGCCAGCCCCCUCGCCCUCACCCUCCACGCCCGCGCGCUCAAGCUAUUCCCCUCCCACCUCCUCCUCUCCACCUGCCUCGCGCGGUUCUACCUCGCGUCCCGCCUCCCGCAUCUGGCGCUCCAGCUGUUCGACUCAAUGCCGGUCCGCUCCGUCGUCACCUACAACACCAUGAUCUCCGGGCUUAUGCGCAACGGCCUCGUCGACGCCGCGUUCGAGGUGUUCGACGGGAUGCCCGGCCCGGACAAGGUCUCAUGGACGGCGCUCAUCGACGGGUUCGUCAAGAACGGGCGCCACGACGAGGCCAUCGACUGCUUCCGCGCCAUGCUGCUGGACGGCGUCGAGACGGACUACAUCACGUUGGUCGCCGUCGUGUCUGCGUGCGCGGAGGUGAACCUCGCGGCGCAGGUGUUCCGCUCCAUUAGGAAGCGGACGGUGGUCUCUUGGAACUCGAUGAUCGUCGGGUUCGCAGCCAAUGGCCGGUGCACAGACGCGAUCGAGCUCUUCGAGGAGAUGCGGAGGCAGGGGUUCAAGCCGGACGCGGUGACGCUCACCGGCGUCCUCACGGCUUGCAGCCACGCCGGUCUCACGGAGCACGGCCUGAGGUACUACGACCUCAUGACGACAGAGUACGGUGUCGCCGCGCGGAUGGAGCACUACGGGUGCGUGGUCGACCUGCUCGGCCGGGCCGGGCGCCUGGACGAGGCGAUGCACGUGGUGGAGACGAUGCCGAUGCGGCCCAACGAAGUGGUGCUCGGGGCACUCCUCGCAGGCUGCCGGACGCACGGGAACCUGGACAUGGCCGAGCAGAUGAUGCAGCACCUCUUCGAGCUGGAUCCCCAGGGCGACGCCAACUACGUGCUGCUUUCCAACAUCUACGCAGCCGUCGGGAAGUGGGACGGCGCGGGGAAGGUCCGAAGCCUGAUGAAAGCGCGCGGGGUGAAGAAACGGCCGGGGCACAGCACCGUGGAGAUCGACGGCGACGUGCACGAGUUCGUGUCGGGAGAUCAGUCCCAUCCGCUGGCCGGGGAGAUCGGACAGAUGCUUGGGCUGCUCUGGCACGAGAUGACGAGGUAUGGUUGUGAUGUGCAUGGAGGCAGCAGCUUUGAUGGGGAUUGAGUUGCUGAUACUGCGUUAACGUAGAAGAUGCCAUGCCUGCAGGCUGCAAUCUGGGUUCAGCGUUUUGCCUUUGCCUAUGGAUUUAGGAAUGGUGAUGGAAUAAGUCUUGAGCAUCUAGAUGACAGCCUGCUUUUGACUGUCCUCUGUAGUCCUUUAGCAUUUAGAGGACAGCUUGACUGUCCUCUGUAGUCUCUUUAGCAUCUAGAGGACAUCAGUCAUUUUUUGACUGUCCUCUGUAGUCGCUUUAGCAUCUAGAGGACAAUCCUGUUGUGUAGUGUGUGUGAGAAGGUGUGGUAGUGCAGCCCCUAGGGCUAUAAAUAUGUGUUCCCAACCCCUCUAAGGGUAUGACAUUGUGUAGUGUUUGAGGAAAUAAACAGAAAAUUGCCCCAACUCAUAGUGU